UCCUCUGCUGCCUGUGGUUAUGGAUUCACGCUGCUGUCCUCUCGCACCACGGACAUCACCAAAGUCUGGGGCAUGGGGCUGAACAAGGAUUCCCAGCUUGGAUUCCAGAGAAGCAGAAGAGAUCAAACCAAGGGCUAUGAAUACGUCUUGGAACCAUCUCCAAUUCCGUUACCACUGGAGAAGCCGCAGCAGACUCGAGUCUUGCAGGUGUCCUGUGGGAGAGCCCAUUCCCUGAUCCUGACAGACGGUGAAGGAGUUUUCACCAUGGGGAACAAUUCUUACGGACAGUGUGGCCGGAAGGUUGUUGAAGAUGAAACUUACAGUGAAAGCCAUCUGAUUCAUCAGCUGAAGGAGUUUGACAGCAGAGUUGUCCAGGUUGUGUGUGGACAGGACCACAGUCUGUUUAGAACCAAGAAAGGUGGGGUCUAUGCAUGUGGAUGGGGAGCUGAUGGACAAACAGGUCUUGGACACUACAACAUCACCAGUGUUCCUACUAAGCUACGUGGUGACAUUGCUGGAGUAAACAUUAUCCAGGUCUCUUCCUAUGGGGACUGUUGUCUGGCUGUUUCAGACGAAGGAGACAUCUUUGGUUGGGGAAAUUCAGAAUACUUGCAGCUGGCCUCUGUCACAGAAACCACACAGGUGAAUGUUCCCAGACACUUGCCAUUCAGGAUUGGGAAGAUAAAGGAAGCUGCCUGUGGAGGGACUGGCAACAUGGUGCUAACAGAAGAAGGAAAUGUUUUUGUCUGGGGAUAUGGAAUUCUUGGGAAAGGACCAAACCUAAUAGAGACAGCAGUGCCAGAGAUGAUCCCACCCAGUCUUUUUGGCUGGUCGGACUUCAAUCCGGACAUCCGUGUUGCUCACAUUCGCUGUGGACUCAGCCAUUUUGCAGCACUUACAAACAGAGGAGAACUGUUUGUAUGGGGCAAGAAUCUAAGAGGGUGCCUGGGAACUGGACGAAUGGAAGACCAGUAUUUUCCAUGGAGGGUGACCGUACCCGGUGAGGUGGUGGAUGUUGCAUGUGGAGUUGACCAUAUGGUAAGCAUGGUGAAGUCUUUCACCUAGUGAUACUGCUGGGCCUCAGCACUGUGCUAAGAUGACUUGGUGACCAGCUUCUUGGAAAGGAAGACUAAUUCUGUGAAGCAAAGCAAGAAGUGACUGUGAGCAGAGACAACCAUGGCAGUAUCUGGGUGUGUUGUCAUCUCUGCAUCGUUGAAACAGUCUGGCCUGGCUGCAGGAAGGAUCUAUGCUCCCUGAGGAGAGUGGAAAUGCAGGGAGUGCUCUGGCUGCCUCAUGAUGAGCUCCCAAAGAGUCUGAGGAACAGCCCACAGCUGGUGAGUCCCUCUGUGUGAGGAUGAAGAGCAUCU